CCCCGCCGCCGCCGCCGCCCGCCCGCCCGGCGCAGCCCUGCGGAGCUCGGGGCGGCGGCGCCCGGCCGCCGGCCAUGGCCGUGCCAGCCGCCCUGCUCAGCCCCCACCACCUCCUCUCCUUCUGCUUCCCCGCCGCCGGCGGCCUCCUGGGCUAUGCCGACCUGGAGAAGGGCUACGAGGGCGGCGGCGGGGGCGAGGCGGGGGACUUUAAAGAAGCCACCAGGGACCUGCUGAGCUUCAUCGACUCGGCCUCCAGCAACAUCAAGCUGGCGCUGGACAAGCCGGUGAAGUCCAAGCGGAAGGUGAACCACAGGAAGUACCUGCAGAAGCAGAUCAAGCGCUGCACCGGCAUCAUCGCCGCCGCCGCCCCGCCGCCGCCCGCCCCGCCGCCCCCCGCCGCCGCCUCCCCGCCCGCCGCCUGCCCCGCCAAGCCCCCGCCGCGCCGGGAGGCCUCGCAGGCGGCCAGCAGCCUCCAGAGCAAGAGCCUGGCCGCCCUCUUCGGCUCCCUGCAGCAGGGCCGGGGCGCGGCGGCGGGCGGCGGGGAGGCGGCGGGCGGCGGCGGGGCGGCGGGGGGCGGCGGGGCGGGGGGCGGCGGUCGGAAGGUGCCGCUGCGGGACCGCAACCUGCCGCCCUCCUUCUUCACGGAGCCGGCGCUGCCCCCCGCCGCCCCCCGCGGGCCGCCGCCGGGGGCCAAGGAGCCGGAGAAAAGCGGCGGGGAGGCGACCGAGUUCUUCGAGCUGCUGGCCCCCGAGUACGGCGCGCUGCUGGGCGAGCACGCCGCCCCGCCGGACGCCUUCCCCGCCGCCCCCCGCCUGCCCGCCGAGCUGGGCAUGGAGCACGGCCUCUACGAAGCCCCGCUGCCCGUCGCCCACCACCCGCUGCUGGGGGGGCUGCUCUACCCCGAGCCGCCCUGGAGCCCCGCCGGGCCCUGCAGCCCCCCCAAGAAGGCGCCGUCCGAGGGGCUGCGCCCGCUCUACCCCGGCGGCGGGGAGCCGGUCCCCGGGGCGGGUGGCGAGGAGCCCGGCGGGCAGCUGCCGGCGGGCUUCGCCCCCUUCUUCCCGGAGUGCCCGCUGCCCCCCCCGCAGGUGCCCUACGACUACGGCCCCGGCUACCACCGCCCCGCGUACCCCGGGCUGUAGGGAGGCGCCGGAGGGCUCGGACCCCCCGCCCCGACCCGAGGGAAUGGGGUGGGGGGGGACGCGAGGGGGACAUUGUCCCGCCCGCGGGGACCUGACGGACGCUCGGGAGAGGGGGGGAGAGCGGGGACCUCAUGCGUGGGGCUGGGGGCUCCCCUUGUGUGUGUGUCCCCUCGUGUCCCCCCCCUCCACCCGGAGCCACGGCUCCCGCAGGAUUCCGCCUUGCGAGCCGCCCCCUCCCGCCGUUUGGGAGGCGCUGCCAAUAAAAUGUGAAAUAUCGGGUUUUUCAGGUGUUUUUCUAGCGGCCGGUGACGACCUUUCCGUAGCCUUCCUUAGGGGUCGGGUUUUUGUCGUGCUGGAGGCACAGGCGGCGCGGGGGACCUGGCUUAUGCCACGUCGCGACGGGGGCUGCUCUUCCUGAAGGCAGCCGUGACCUCUUGUAAAUGAUUUCUGCCUAAAAGUAAAACUCGGUCAGCUCUUGCGGGGCAUUUAAACGUUUCCCAGGCUCGCCUGCAUCGCAAGUGCUGGCGGAUGUUCAGCUGAGGACACAAAGGCAAGGAAAAAAAAAAAAAAACCCAAGGGGAAAAAAAAAAUCAUCAGAGUGAAGCAAAAUUAUAAAUGCUGCUACCAAAACUCAGUGUCCUGAAAUUUUAACAAUGAUGUCUUGCAGGAUCUUGCAAACAGCAAUUUACAGCACUACGUAAGUUAAUUGAUGGCGUAAGUUCGGGACAAAAAUGUACUGUAGCCACUGCGGCGAUGUGAUUCCUACAGACCGUUGGAUUUCUUCCAGGAAUGUGUCAAAGCUGGGAAAGCAAUGCGGCUCGGUCUCAUUGUGUACAGGAGAUUAUUUGAUAAUCAUUUAAGUUAUGUAAAAGAGUCUAUGAUAGGUCCUAUAAAAAUAAAGCUACACAAUAGA